UUUCCGACAACUGAGACUCUUUGGAUACCAGGCUCAACGCUUCUCCUGGAGAGAUGUUGGAAUCCAACAAGUCUUUGCGUGAGAGCAAUGUCACCAAAAGUGGCAGCUGUGGAUCCGUGUCAGUUGUUUUCCCCAUUACUAUGAUGGUAACGGGAAUGGUGGGCAAUUCUCUCGCACUUAUGCUGGUAUAUAGCUCGUACAGAAAAAAAGAAAAUAACAGGAAAAAGUCUUUCCUACUCUGCAUAGGGUCGCUGGCAUUGACAGAUCUGUUUGGACAGCUUCUCACCAGCCCUAUAGUUAUAUCGGUUUACAGAGCCGAUUUGAAAUGGGACCGCAUAGACUCAUCGGGGAGUCUGUGUGCUUUCUUUGGAGUGUGUAUGACAACUUUUGGCUUGUGUUCUCUAUUCUUUGCCAGCGCAAUGGCAAUUGAGAGGGCAUUGGCGAUUACAAGUCCUCAUUGGUACUCCAAUCACAUGAAGACAAGUGUGACAAUGCAAAUUCUGGCAGUUAUAUUGUGUCUUGUUCUUUUUUUCUCGCUGUUGCCGGUCGCAGGAGUUGGGCACUAUACGCUGCAAUGGCCAGGCACUUGGUGUUUCAUAAGCACUGGAGACAGAGAGGUCCCGGGCAACAUGUUUUUCUCCAUCACUUUCGCUGUUCUUGGGAUAUUCUCACUUCUUGUGACUUUCUCCUGCAACGUCGUCACAAUUCGUGGAUUAGUUAUUCGUUGCAAAACGAAAUCGGGCACAUCUCACUCAUCCAAGCAGUGGGAACGAUUAACCACGGAGACAGUCAUUCAACUAUUGGGAAUCAUGUGUGUACUGCUUAUAUGCUGGGUUCCUUUACUGGUGCUGAUGUUAAGAAUGAUCUCGACACAGACGUCGUCACAUCACUGCAAACCGGCAGAAGUGUCUUUCACUCCUAGUCAAGACAUCCAGGUGGACUGUAACUUCUUUCUCACCGCCAUUCGCCUGGCCUCUCUGAACCAGAUCCUGGACCCUUGGGUUUACCUGCUUCUAAGGGAGAUUAUACUGCGCAAGUUCUGCCAGGUGGCCAAUGCUGUGUCCAACUGCUCCAUAGACGGACAAAAGGAGACUCAGACGGCCCUGGAUGUUCUCAACAAGCAGCCUUCUGACACUAACGGUCUGUAGAAACAGUAAAUGUACCCGAUCAAACUUAAGGAUAACCUGACCUGAUUACAUUUUUUUAAAUUCUAUCACCCACAGUCCAAAAACAGUUAUUGUGCAAUAAUGUUGUGCCACUAAUGACAGAAAUUACUUUGUUAGUGUGUUAAUGGACCUGGCAAUGCUCUCCAUGUGCACUCAUUUUUGUUUGGUUGCAUAUAUUCUAGUGAGGCUCACAAAACCAGAAUGUGAAAAUGUGACCUCUGCAACCUUCACUUUGGACUGUUAAAGCCAAUGAGUUCCAGGGGGAUUUUACAUGGUUGCUCAAUAAACAUUACAGCCCUACCAAACACAAACAGACAUUCUCAAUCAGAAGAUACCAUUUUGUUUUCCAACCAACACGUUAAAACAACAGAUGACAACUGUUAAUGGAAUAUAGUUUUUGACUUUCUGGAAUCACAUUUGCAUUUCAUGUAACAAAGUUGAUGUUAAAUGUAAUGAUGGCUGGAAUGUGUGACAUUUUUAAUUCAAAUCAGUCUUCACUUUGUCAUGUGUAAUAGACUAGAUUUGUAACCAAAAAAAAAAAAAGAAGGGGAACCUCUGAAGUGCAAGGCAAGUGUACUCGAAACUGGAAUAGAUUACACAGUAUUAUAUAUGCUAAUUGAAGAAGAUUGCAAAAUGUAUUGAUAUAUGGAAAAGGCAUUGAUAUUUGUUGUUUCUAUGUUGAACACUGAAAUGUGUGUUUAACUCUGAAUGUGCUGAAGAUGCUACCUAUUGGGGAUAUGCUGUCAUAUGUUCAGGGGGGUUCACAAUAAUUGGCACCCUUGAUAAAAAAAUGAGCAAAGAAAAUUGUAUAAAAUAAAUAGAAUUUCUAUAUUAUAUGCCAAAACAAAUAGGAAAUGUAUAUUAUUUUAUGCUAAUAUAAUUGCUCUGAUAAAGAUUUUGUUUAACUCCUGAGUGGCACAGCGGUCUAAGGCACUGCAUCUCAACGUUAGAGGCGUCACUACUGGUUGGAAACCAGUAUCACAACUGGCCAUGAUUGGGAGUCCCAUAGGGCGGCGCACAAUUGGCCCAGCGUUGUCCGGGUUUGGCCAGUGUAUGCCAUCAUUGUAAAUAAGAAUUGGUUCUUAACUGACUUGCCUAGUUAGAGAAAGGUUAAAUACAAUUAAAAUAAAUAAUAAUAAUUACAACUCUAAAAGAUAGGUGUAAAAAUGAUUGCCACCUCUGUUUGCAGUAGGCCUACUCCAGUACCCUUGAGAGGAUAACGACACUGUUGAUGCAAUAUAAUUUUUGACCUAAUGGGAUUACAUUUGCAUUUGAUAUAACAAAGUUCAUGUUAAAUGUAAUGAUGGCUGGAAUCUGUGGCAUGUUUAAUUCAAAUAGUUCUUAACUUUUUUUCUAAACUGUUUAAAAACCUCUACAAGAUUGGUGUCCUACCCGCAGGACGGUUGAGCUAACAUAGGCUAAUGUGAUUAGGUUGUAAGUAACAAGACAAUUUCCCAGGACAUAGACAUAUCUGAUAUGGGCAGAAAGCUUAAAUGAUUGGUAAUCUAACUGCACUGUUCAAUUUACAGUAGCUAUUAGAGUGAAAGAAUACCAUGCUAUUGUUUGAGGAGAGUGCACAGUUAUAAACUUGAACACGUAUUAAUAAAUCAAUUAGGCACAUUUGGGCAGUCGUGAUACAACAUUUUGAACAUCAAUACAAAGGUUCAUUGGAUCAGUCUAAUACUUUGAACAUUCACUGCUGCCAUCUAGUGGCCAAUAUCUAAAUGGCGCCUGGGCUGGAACAAUACAUUAUGGCCUUUCUCUUGCAUUUCAAAGACGAUACAAAAAAAUACAAAAAACACCAUGUUUUUUUCUUUGUGUUAUCUUUUACCAGAUCUACUGUGUUAUAUUCCCCUACAUUAAUUUAACAUUUCCACAAACGUCAAAGUGUUUCCUUUCAAAUGGUAUCAAGAAUAUGCAAAUCCUUGCUUCAGGUUCUGAGCUACAGGCAGUUUUGGGUAUUUCAAUUUAGGCGAAAAUUGGGGGGGAAAUGGUUAGAUCCUUAAAUUAAUGAGAUUGGAGAACAAUUUGGGAGGGAUCUUGGAACAUUCCUCCAUACAGAAUAUUUCCAGAUCCUUGAUAUCCUUUGUCUGAGCUUAUGGACUGCCCUCUUCAAUUCAAACCACAGGUUUUCAAUGGGGUUCAAGUCCGACAGAUGGCCAUUGCAAAAUGUUGAUUUUGUGGUCAAUUAACCAAGACACAGAACAUAAUUGCCCCAUUUUUUGAGCAUACUAUAUAGCUCAGUAUUUAUAUUAUUUAUUUGAUUGUCUUUUAUGCUUAUCUUUUAUCAAGGGUGCCAAUACGUAUGGACCCCAUUGAGGUUCUGCUAUUUACAUUUUGGUCAUUCCUAUUGUCUCUUGAAUCUCUUGUUUUAUAAGGGAAUGAAUAUGCUCAAACAAAAGCCUUGGACGACCUGAUUGAAUGAUUUUUCUUAAGCAUGUACUGUAUAUUUCUCAUAUGGUCAUGCCUGCAGCCGCCUACGCUGUGAAUGGAUAUGAUAACGUUCUCUUUCAUGCUGUAUGGUGGUUCAUGGGGCGGCAGGGUAGCCUAGUGGUUAGAGCAUUGGACUAGUAACCGAAAGGUUGCAAGUUCAAAUCCCCGAGCUGACAAGGUACAAAAUCUGUCGUUCUGCCCCUGAACAGGCAGUUAACCCACUGUUCCUAGGCCGUCAUUGAAAAUAAGAAUUUGUUCUUAACUGACUUGCCUAGUAAAAUAAAUAAAAAAUAAAAUCAUGUCAGUGGGAUGGUGUUCUCCAUGAGCCAUUAUUUCUUCAUCAGUCUAGUACCCUGGACAACAACAUGAACGACGUCAUACUGUACAGUGCCUUACCAUGCCUAGCGUAUUGAAAAACAUUUAUGAGCCAACUACCUAGUUGGUUACUUGGGUAACAUAAUGAUGCUAACUGGCAGUCAAACUUGUAUUUUCAUUUUCUCACCUAUGGCAAUGAUUAUCUGUCAACAUUGUUAUUAAAGACAGAAUUUAUUCAAUGAUUGUCAAAGCAGUCUGCCUCAGAAACCAGCUCAAAGGUUUAACCGUAGGAAGUUAUUGAGAUUGAAAUGAGAGAUAGAGUUGAAUACUGUGCUAUUGCAGCAUGGAGAGCAGUUUAUCUAUGGUGUUUCGAGCGCAUUUUCCAAAGGAACACAUUUCUGUGACAUUGAGUAAGGUUUAUAUUUAUGUUCAAUUCUUUGUUCACUGUUAAUGUGCAAUCAGGGAUUUGCAUGUUAUUCGUUUAUUAUAGGUGUUAAACAUGCUAAUUUAUCAUUUUGAGAGGCAAGUUUCUACGAUAUCAGGUGGUCAAUUUAAUGAAGGGAUUUUAAUCUCUGUUUGUCUAGAAAUUAGUUUCACUCCAGGUUUGCAUUCAUGCAUUUAACAUAAUUAUUAUGUACAGGUUGUCCUGAGACAUGAUUGUGUGAUGGAACACAAUUACUCUCAAAUUGAAUUAACUUAAACUUAAUGAAUUAUAUAUUUGUAAGCAGAGUUUACAUCAUCUUUCUCAUGACAGAAAUCAUUGAUAUAUUAAUAGCCACAUGUACAGGGUUGCAGGUAUGAUUGCAGUGUACAGUGAAAAUCUUAGGCUUUGAGCUCCAACAUGCAGGGCUAGUGAAAUAAAGUAAUGAAAAUGGUAAUAAAACAGUAGAAAUAGCACUAUAUGCAUAACAACAAAUGUCCAUAGUAAAGUCUGUUGAGGGGGUGGAGUGGAAUGACCAUAGGGGGAGUAGCAGCAUGACCAUUGAGUGAAAUAAAAAUUA